UAAACGAGUGUUCAGGAAACAAGAGUUUUAGAGAGUUUUAAUUAAUUGCUUCACCUCUGUUUUUGGCCGGAGAUGGGAGUGAUGAUUACCGCCCUAAAAAAUGUUCAUGAAAAUCCGGGUUGUUGAUGAUGAAGCUAAGAGUAAUUAGAGUUUACCACGUUGCUGCUCAUUCUCGAGGACCGGAAUCGUUGGAUGUUGUUUUCCACGACUCAGAGACAAAGUUCUUGGUUUACUCGAAAAAGUUCUACGGGGACAUUGAAUUUUAUGAAGGAGUGUGUGCAGUUGAAGAUUCCGUGGAUGAGAUUAUAAAGAAACUUCAGGCAUUCCGUCAAAUUGAAGGUCAACCAAAAUAUGAUUCCGACGUAAAUGCGUUCGCCGUAGAAGCCUUUUGCUCAAUACAGGAUUUAGUUCGUGGCCUCCCAAUUAUGCCGAGCCUGAUUCCUAUAGAGUUAUACCUUUUCAACACAACCAUGAUGCGUAGUAUAAGGAAACUCAUCGGCACUCCACUAGAUUCGGCCCCUACAGUACCUGUGCAGAACACAACUUUGCAGGACCAGGAAUGUGAAAAGGAAAUUUUUAUUGAUCCUGUUGGUGUUCCUGAUGAUGAUCAUAUGAUAGAUCUCAUAGAUGUUGUUCCUGUUGCCGUUGUUGAUGUUGUUAUUGAUGUUUCUGGUGACGAUCAACGAGACCACACUAUCCAAGCAAAAUAUUCAAGCGAUGGUAUCGUUUUUUAUGUAUGCACGGAAACAUUUGGGAUGUCAGAAAGUGACGUUGUUGUCCUUUAUGAUUCUAGGGAUGUCACGCGUGCUGGCAGAAUUUUCUUCUCAUUGGUUCUCUGGAGUUGUUUGCUAGGAGUUGUGAAUGCUUUGAGUUUGGCCGAAUCUUUUGAUGCUCCAUUCAUAAAGGAUAAGGAUUGGAUUAGGGCCCACCGGCUGGGCCAAUCCCGGACCAACCUUUUUCUAUUUCUGGCCAACCUUCUUCUCCGGGCCAAAUUUUAAGUGUAUACGGAAUAUGAAGUUAUUUUCGAAAAUAUGAUUCACAACAAAUUAAUGCCAUAAAAUAAGCAAGCAAAAGCAAAAAAUUGAGUAUUCUAAUUCGAAAUCCUAUUGCGGAGUAUUAAAACCCUACCUCAGCUCUCAAUUUACGGAAAUGGAGUGAAAGAAGAUUGAUUCUGUGAGUUGUUGCGCCUGUAGCGCAAGCGAAGACGAAGGGGAAGACAAAAUAUUGGCGAAAGCAGAUUUGAAGACGAAAAGGAUAAAGAGCUAAAAGAGAAGGAUUUUGUGAUUUUUACGAACCCAAGAACGCAAACCAGAGACUCAGAGAGAACGAAUUUCUGGGAAAAGAUUUGAAGACGAAAGUGUAAAUCUUUUUUUCUCACUCUCUUAGCUUUUGUGUU